AUGGCCAAGGAAGGAGCCGAGAAAGCCGAGGAGACGGAGCAGAUGAUCGAGAAGGAGGCGGCCGAAGGCGGCGGCGGCGGCAAUGGUGCUAACCACAGCGGCAACCACAGCGGCGGCGUCCCGAAAGCCGGGGAUGCCAAAGAGAUGCGAGCCGUGGUGCUCUCGGCUUUCGGGGGCCUCAACAAGCUCCGGGUGUCUAAAAAAGUGAUGCCGGAGCCUCAGGAAGGAGAGCUGAAGAUCCGCGUGAAAGCCUGUGGCUUAAAUUUUAUUGAUCUGAUGGUUCGCCAAGGGAACAUUGAUAAUCCACCUAAAACACCACUUAUACCUGGAUUUGAAUGCUCUGGAAUUGUAGAAGCUCUGGGUGAAAAUGUGAAAGGCUAUGAGAUUGGAGACAGAGUCAUGGCCUUUACUAACUACAACGCCUGGGCUGAGGUUGUAUGCACCCCUGUUGACUUUGUGUACCGAAUUCCUGAUGGCAUGAGCUUCUCUGAAGCAGCUGCUUUUCCUAUGAACUUUGUAACGGCAUAUAUGAUGCUCUUCGAAGUUGCCAACUUGCGAGAAGGCAUGUCAGUGCUGGUUCAUUCUGCUGGGGGUGGAGUGGGACAAGCUAUUGCUCAACUCUGCUCAACAGUUCCCAAUGUUACUGUCUUUGGAACGGCUUCUUCUUUCAAGCAUGAGGCCAUCAAAGAGUCUAUGACGUACCUGUUUGACCGAAACGUGGAUUAUGUCCAAGAAGUUAAAAAGAUCUCUGCAGACGGUGUUGACAUUGUCCUGGAUUGCCUUUGUGGUGAAAAUACUGGUAAAGGCCUCAGUCUACUCAAACCACUUGGGACUUACAUUUUAUAUGGCUCAUCAAACAUGGUUACUGGGGAAACCAAAAGUUUCUUCAGCUUUGCAAAAUCAUGGUGGCAAGUGGAGAAAGUAAACCCUAUCAAACUUUAUGAAGAAAACAAAGUCAUGGCUGGAUUUUCUCUGUUGAACCUGCUUUUCAAACAGGGCCGAAGUAGCCUUGUCACUAAAGUAAUGGACAAUCUCCUAAAACUUUACAAUGAGAAGAAGAUCAAACCAGUGGUUGAUUCACUGUGGGCACUGGAAGAGGUGAAGGAAGCAAUGCAAAGAAUCCAUGACAGAGGUAAUAUAGGCAAAUUAAUUCUGGAUGUGGAGAAGACACCUACUCCUUUGAUGGCCAACGACAGCACAGAGACCAGCGAAGCUGCCGAAGAGGAAGAAGACCACGAGGGGGACAAUGAGAACAAAGAGUGUAUACCAUUCAUCCAACAGUAG